GCGGAGGCGGAGCGGGAGAGUCGACCGCGGCACUGGGGGCGCCGGAUCCCUGCUUUGCUUCCCCGCCAAGCCCGGAGAGCGAGCGCCAUGGAGGCUGCGCACCGAGCGGCGCGGCUGGCCGCCUCCUGCCUCCGCACUCCGCUCGACCCGCGCACCCGGGCCCCCGCCGCGCUCUAUGAGCGGGGGCCACCGCCCGCCGCAGCUCAGGACAGUUUUGAUUUGGAUACAAAUACCAACAAAGAUCAGACCUGCUCUCCAAAUGGAGAUUCUGACAAGUGGAUGGACUUGUCCAAAAUGUACAAUUCAAAUCAAGAGUAUUACUUGAAGUUAGAAGAGCUGAAGAAUGCUCACCUGGAGACCAUGGCAAAAUUAGAAACUAUGUAUCGGAAUAAACUGUAUUUAAAAGGAGUACAAGCCUUGGACAAGGAAAGUGCUGAGCCUAAUGCGUGUUGUAGGCCGACUUGGGAGAAAAGCACAUACCAGCCUGUAAAUUUGCACAAAUCCUUUUCAGACUCUGACUUAAGUGAUGCCUUAAGAUCAAGUCUAUCUGAUGGGUCUGACAGAGAACUAGCAUUCGAAGAAAGCAGGAGUGAAACAGGAUCAUCCACAUUUGCUAAGGAAAGGAUUGAAAAAAUGUGGGAUGGGUUCUCCGUGGAAGACUACAUCUCCCGCAUCAAACACAGCUUACCAAGCUCACCUGUUGUCAGAAUGGUACGUAAGAAGCAGAAAGCAUGGUCACCAAAGAUUACUGUGCCCAAGCCUUUCCAAAUGACUAUCAGAGAAGCUAAAAAAAAAGAACAGAACAUCAAAUCCAAGUCACAGAUUGAAAUGGAAAAUAACUUACUGAAGAAGCAACUAGAGGAACAAGCAGAGUGUCAGAAAAAAUUCCGAGCUAAUCCAGUGCCUGCUGCUGUUUUCCUUCCACUAUACCAUGAAAUUGUGCAACGAAAUGAAGAACGUAGGAGGUCUGUGAAAGAGAGAAGCAAAAUCAAUCUCUUGGCUUCUCAGAAGCCAUUUAAAUUCAUUGAACGAGAGAAGCAAAGAAAUGAAAUUAGGAAAAUGCAAUUAAAAGACCUUUCUGCACCUGAAAAGAAAAAACUGUUCCAAGCAAAACCAGUUCCUAAAUAUGUUUAUAGUCCAGCUCUUAAGGACAAGCUAAAGGAGAAAGAGCUCUACAGAGAAAUCAGGAUCAGAAUGAGAGCUGAAGAGCUGCUUCGUAAUUCGUCUCUACCCAGCAGCAGACUGGCUUUACCGAACGCCAGUAAAAAGAAGAAACACAAGUGCAUUGACCCAAAGGAAACAGAACAUAAACCAAAGACCAAGUCAAGUGUUCCAGAUUUUGAUCUACUACACCAAAAAUUUCAGGAACGGCUCCUGCAACAAAAACAAGUGAAGCACCUUACAGUCUGUGAACCUUUCAAUCUUCGUACUCCAUAUAUUCCCUCAAAUAGGGGUAAGAUUUUGAAGGACAUUCAGGAGGAUGAAGAAAAGUUGAAAGAAACACGCUGGCCAUAUGCCUCUCCAAGAUGCAGGCCUCAAAUGAGACAUUCAAGUACAAAUUCACAUCUCUCAGGCUUCGGAGACUUUAAAUCACCCAGAAGUACAGAAUGCACAAGACGACGGCUACAAGCCAUAAGGAAUACACUUGAGGGAAAAAGAAAGCUGGAAGAGCAACAAAAAAGGACCAGAACAAAGCAGAAACAAAGAACCAAAAAAAUCCAGAAAAUUGUAACAGCUCGGGCUGAGGCAAAUGACCCACAUCAGAGCCUAGCUCAGAUGUCUAAAUCAAAACUAAAAACAUUCAGGAAUUAUGAGAAGCAGAGAAUGCAAGAAUAUUUGCAAGAGUUGCAAGAAAUGGAAGAAAGAGUAAAACAAAGGCCAUUGCUUUUUGAAAGAGUCACUCAGAAAAACGCCAGAAUAGCUGCAGAAAAGCAUUAUUCUAACAGACUGAGAGCCCUGGGGAUAUGCCCAGAGUUUGUUUCAAGGAAAGGACAAAGAACCAAAUUGCUACAAUGCUCCAGUGUUGAAGAUCUUAACUCCACCAAUGCCAGAGAAAGAGUCAUCAUGGAAGGGAAGUCCUUUGAGGAAUCUGCUGACAGCAGUCCUUGGUCUGAGCAGUCCUGUGAGGAGGAAGAGGAGGGAGAGAUGAGAAGAAGUGUGAAAACUUCCACUCCUGAUGGCCAGUUCACUGAGCUGGAGAAUGAAGAAGAGACAAGAGACAGCCCUCAUGCAGAUCAGCUUUGCCAUGCAGGGGAUGCUGAGUCGCAUUCCAACUCUCAUCAACGCCAUGAAGAGGAGGAUUACGAGGAGGAAGAGGAAGCAAAGGCAGGCCUGUCAGUUGACCAUUCCCAGGAUGAGGAAGAGGACAAUGAUCAGUCAGGACCCAGCUCUCAGUCCAACCAGUCUCAUGAGCAUGAAGAAGAAGGUCAAUCUGACCCUGAAGCUGAGGAUGCCUUCAGAUGCGAGGAUGAAGAAUAUGAAAGUGAUGAUUCAGAAGAGGAACCCAGCAGUGAUGAAGCUGACUGAAAGGAAGACAGAGAGGAUGGCCUGGGGCCCAGGAAGCUAUUUCAUUGCUGGCAGUGAAACAGGCACCACAGAAAAACUUGGCACUCUGCUACUGAUACAAAAUGUUGUGAAUUUAAGCCUCUUAGAUUAACAGUCUUUUCAGCACAGAAGUUUUGUCUGUUGUCUAUUAUGGAAGAUGAAGUUACUAAUUUAUAUCACCAAAAAAAAAAGAAAGAAAAAGUUGUAUCAAUCUUCUUUAUUUCAAUCUUCUGUGACACUAAUGCAUAAAACAAACUGCAAAACUGCUGUUUAACUGUAACCUCUUGCAUGCUGUGUUGGUAAGUACCUGAGGUCUUAACGUGUCCGUCUCCUUCUGCAUGCUAGCAAACUCAGAUGAGAUUUUGGAGUAGUCUCAAAUAUUCCAGUAUUUCUGGGAUCUCCUCCUGCAGUAUCUUCAAGCAUAGCAAUGAAUAGUCCAGGAGGUUCCGUGCAAGACCUUUUUAGAUUCUUUUUAGCAGAGCAGCUGUCAGGAAGACAACAGUGUAGUGAGACAACAUGGCCAAUUUAAUUGUUUAGUUCUGCCCUCCUCUUCCUAUGGGUUUUGUCUUAAGCUGAAUAAUUUCAGACAUGGGUGAGAUGAGUGCCAGGGCCAGAAAAGAUGACUGCUUUUGAAGGAAAUAAGAUGUUUGAUCAGCUCUACUUUGCCCAGCUGAAAUAUUAACUACUGCAUUUGCUGUGGGCUCUCUCUACAGAGGUGAAAAUGCCUAGAGCACACUGAGAGCAGCCACUUAAGCUUUCACAGAAAUCUUAAUGCUUACAGAGAAGAUGUAAGAGUAAGUCAACAGAAUAAAGUUAUGAUGCAGUUCUUGUAUUACUGUGUAACUGAGCCCCAAGUCUGUCCUUUCAGCUCCAUUUUGUUUUGAAGAGCUCUUCCUGUGAUCAUGUAAAAUUAUUCUUAGUAACAUAACAAAUGCUGACAUUAAUCUUCAUAUUUCUUUACUGAGACAUACACUGUAAAAUAGAGAAUCAGAUAAAAAUCUAGCCCUACAUGCAUUAAAAUAUGGAAAGAA